AUGCUGCAUAACUACCUGGAAAAGGCUAUAGCCAAAGAAUACGACAAAGUUAAACAGGAAGAUACUGAGCGACAGCAAAAAUAUUUAGAUGAAAACAGGGUCCGUUUAAUUGCUAUCUACGACAAAUACUUCUGGGAAAUGAAGCCAGCCGCCAAAGUAACAGGAAAGGAACAACCAAAACCAAGACUUAGUGAUAACAAUGCUGAAAUGAUACCUGUACGAGUUUGGCGACGUGGGAGAGAACUCUACGAUACAAGCGCUUUUGAACGGUAUGGAGUUAGAUACAGAAAUGGGCGUCUGGUCAUUCCAGUUUCUGGCACAUAUUUCGUCUAUUCUUAUGUAGGUUUUUUCGAACCCUGCGUCCCUUCCACCGGCAAACCAAAUGUUAAGAAUGCAAGCAUACCAAUUAAACUUGGUAUCUUUAAGUUUAAUAUCUUGGACGCGGAGGAGUCCGAAUUAGUUUCAAGUGUUCAGCCCCACACUAUUUCCAGCAAUCGAUUCUUCAACGCGUACAGUAGUUACGUAUCGACAUUUGCUGACUUAAAAGCUGGAGACGAAAUAUCUGUGAAAGUAUCCAAUAUUACUUACCUUAGAUAUACAAGAGAUAACUAUUUUGGCUUGAAUCUAGUUUAGAUCUUCCCUAUAUGAAAAGCGUCCUCGCUUGAGGGGAGGGGCAAUGAUGGAAACCUUUCAUUUGUUCUUGACAUUCCCUCCAAAAACAAAAGUGGUGGUUCCCUAACAUGCAAUGCGUUUUCCUUAUAUGAGGGAAUGCUUACACGCAUAGUUUGUUUCGGUUAAACAAACAGCACUUUGAUUUUUCUAAGGUAUAAAAGGCAACGACUACCUGUGGUCAUGUUUUAGGUUUUUGGACACGUUCAGAUGAAUUUAUACCAUUCUUUGUACAAAAUGACAUUUUUUUGUUUUAAUUUUUCUAGGUGUAGACCUUUUGCAAACUUACCAGCACAUAUUAUGUGAUAUGAAUAUAACUCGGAUUUUUCGUUUUACAUUAGUUGUAAAGUAAAUGGUUUUUGUAUUGUACAGAAAUAUUUACAGAUAUUACGUAUAUUGCUAGAGUAGGAAGUUUAAUUUGAAAAGCUGAUUGUAUGUUAAGCGUGUAGAACAAAUUUUUAUCUGCAAUGAAAAUCUGAAAUAAAUAAAUUUUUGUAGCAGCAUUAUUACAGCAUAUUCGCAUAUAAUAUGACCGAAAAACUAUACAUGUCUUACUGUUUAUAGGUUUAUUUGUCCAACUGAAACUAACUUUCC